AGCACAUUCACUAGCGCAACAUGUCAAACGCUCGGGGAAGUCCGAAGGACAAAAAGGAGACCGCCACGCGUAACUUUUAGCCUAUAGGUGCGCUCAGCGUCACUAGAGAAUCGGUUGCGCAAAUCGCGGACGAACUCUUUCUUUCGACAUCGCACGCAUAAAGGGGUCUUGCCGAUGGCCGGAGUCAUGCGAGCGAAUUAAACUCUCUACGAACAUCCUUUCCUGUGAUUACUGGCGCGCAGCCUCCGCUUGCGUAUCUCCCCGCGUUACCCCGAGCGAACUGGACGAUGGUUACGCGCAUCUUUUACGUGGAGAAGCCGCCCAACAGUGAUGGGACCAGCUACAACGAUGAAAGCUGCGGAGCCAAGUCAGGCCGCAAGAUGCUGGCUGCACUUGGUGCGCUCAGGGAGUCCUGGCGUUUCGUGUACCUCAUAUGUGUGCCGCUCCUCCUUCUUCCUGUGGCAUUAUGCAUCGGAGGAAAGGCCGGCUGGUGCGCCUACAUUCUGCUCUGGAUGGCUUUCUACUGGUCGGUGGAGGCCUGUCCGCUGGCUGCCACUUCGCUCAUGCCGGUGUUCCUAUUCCCGCCCUUGGGGAUCCUGUCAUCCAGUGGUGUGGCUAGUUUUUACCUGAAUGAUAUCGGAAUCUUGUUGCUUUGUUCUCUAAUCAUGGCUGGAGCUGUGGAAACAAGCAACCUGCACAAGAGAAUAGCCCUCAGGUCUUUACUCGCCAUAGGAACAAGUAAUGUCAGGCUUCUCCUCGGCUUUAUGCUAGUCACCAUGGCCUUAUCCAUGUGGAUUCCCAACACUGCCUCCGCGUCUAUCAUGGCGCCCAUCGCCAUGGCCGUGGUAGACCAGAUGCACGCCUCCUCUAAGUCUCAUCACAGAGACGUAGAAAGUUCCGAACUCGAGUCUACAACCAGGCGACAGGAGCCGGUUUACAAAGAAAACGAGGAAGCGAGACGCAAGAAUUCGUCUACUACUGCUGAUUCUGAGGAUAGCUUUAGGCAGAAGGUAGUGCGUACGACCAUGCUGCUUUCCGUGGCAUAUUCUGCUAACAUUGGAGGAACUGGAUCUCUCACUGGCACAGGGUCCAAUCUCGUACUCAAGGGCCUCAUGGAUGACCGGUUCCCAGAGUGUUCCGAGUUGACCUUUGCAACGUGGAUGCUUUACAACGUGCCAACCAUGCUGAUUUGCGUUUUCAUCGGUUGGAUCUACCUCCAAUUUUCCGCGAGGAAAGCAAUGAGGGGUCCCUCAUCAGGUGCAGCGGAAGAAAAAGUUCGUGAGGAAAUUUCCAGGAGAUACCGCGACCUGGGUCCUAUGAGUUUUUCCGAAUGGUGCGUCACGUUACUGAUGACAGCAAUGAUUCUUCUCUGGUUCACCAUGAAGCCUCAGGUGUUCCCUGGCUGGGUGGAAAUGAUUCCUAAUGGAAAGCUCAUCAGGUCAUCCACUCCCGCCAUGUUGGUGACGUUCCUGCUGUUUUUGAUUCCGAAGAACCCUCGCAAGCCCGGUGGCCGAGCCAUCAUCACGUGGCGGGAGGCCAGCGAGCGCGCUCAGUGGGGGAUCGUGAUUCUCAUCGGAGGCGCCAUGUGCCUCGCAGAGGGCUGCAAGCAAUCAGGCCUGUCGGCAAUGCUGGUGCACUACCUGAAGGGCCUUGACGUGCUUCCUCACGGCCUUACAGUCCUCGUCCUGUGCUUCAUCACCUCGGCGCUAACCGAAGUGACGACCAACAUGGCCGUCAGUUCCAUACUCUUGCCUGUCGUCCUCGAAAUGGCGAUAGCGAUAGGCGUGCACCCACUUUACCUCGCAAUGCCGGUGACGAUCUGCUGCUCCUUCUCAUUCAUGCUGCCCGCCGGAGCACCUCCUAAUGCAAUCGUGUACGAAGUGGCGAAGUUGACAAUUCCUGAAAUGGCUAAGCUAGGCUACGUCAUGAACAUGGUCUGCGUCCUGGUGGAAGUCGCCAUGAUUCACGCGAUAGGCUUUCCCAUAUUUGGCUUGACGACGUUGCCUGAUUGGGCUAGGCCCUCGGUAUCGACGGUCUCUGCUACAGCUGUACCAAACACAACCGAUGUCAUCACAUCACAAUACGGCAGUAUUGACUACAUUUAAUCACACGCAAGCCACGUGAAAGGUGUGCGUGGCUGACAGAAAUUUAUCGCUGUUCAAAUUUCCACGAUCUCCGAAGUCACCACACGUCGUUUAGCGUCAGUUCCUACUUGUAGUACACAGGAAUAAGAGGAUUCCCGAGCUCAAGCCCUAAAGGAGGUAUUAUUCAGCAGCAGGAAGAGAUAUAUUCGAAUAAGGUUCGUUGUUGUAAAGACAACUAAGCGUGGUGUAGGCGAUUACCAGUCCUAAGAGCAUUAAUUUUCGUCACUCAACAAAGCCCUGACACUAAACAUCUGACAUGACCUGAGGACUGCUGAUUCGACAUCACCGAGGCGCUGCACGUCAAGCACUCGUGGGCAGCAACGGUUUCAGAACGGAACUGCAGCCAUUAGACGUGUGGGCUCAAGGCCGGGUUUCAGUGCCAGUGACCAACUGGAGCUCUCAGAUAUGACACCGAGGCAUAUCGGAAAGCAACAUGACCUUUACUCUUCUAAUACGGGUCCCUAAACAACGCCUCGUUUAUUACAGAAGAAGCGCUGCCCUGACUCACAGUCAUCUUCGGCUACUAACCACUGCUCGCGCAAGCCGCGUGUCAUGGGACAUGCCUCCUGAUCAUUUUCAAUGAUGAUAAUGUGAACCAUAUAGCCAGCGCCCCCACAAGUUAGAAAUAACUAAGAAACAAAAAACCGUGCUUUUCCAUGACGAAGUCACGACCUUUCGAAAAAACCUCAUUAGCUGUGCUUUCUCCUGAAGCAUGGUUAUUUUUCCCGUGUUUUCCACAACAAACCGGAACUUACCACGUAAAAAGCAAAAUGGUUGCACUCACUUCAGACGCUGUUAAACACGAGGAAACUCUGAGAUAAAUAUUUUUCUAUAGUGUCAAGGACAUGCGACCUGUGCGUUUUCUGGGUUGUCAGUUUUCCACGGUGAAUCCAUUUAUGCUCACAUUUAUGCUCCUCUAAAAUUGUUAUGUUUAGUAUGACACUCAUGUCCAGUGAUGUAGGUCACGAAUAACGUAUUGUCAGCUUUGAACAAAACGAAUUCCCGAAGAAUCUCUGACACAGGAAGUGCGCACCGCUGACACGACAGGGUACAAGCUUUUGCAUGAAAAUAAAAAGCAAAGCAGUUGCAGUAUUGGUGUGCAUAUGUCAACUAAACGUUCCUGUAGUAUUUCCGACGAGAAACGGGAAGUGAAUUUUGUCUUCGGCCAGUCGUUCUUAACGUAACGCACAGCGCUUUCUUACGGUUCGUUUUUUUUUUUUUAAUGCAGAACACGAAGAAGCAUUCCUAUGUGUAAAGUGAGGCGAUUGUAUUAGCUUCUUCUUUUGCCUUCAGAAAAAGGGUUGUCCAUAGUUGUGUAUAUACAAGACGUAUCGGCUGAAUCCUUCUGGAUACGCGAGCGUGGCGCGAUAAAAAAAAUAACACGUUUGUGACAACAGCAGGGUUUGUUGAAGACAUUGGCCUAAUAAAGCACAAAUUCGAAGGCGCGUAUCCGUAAGAGCAAUACCAAUCCACUGAUGCAGUGAUAAUCCCAAGUCGCCCAUGUUUGCCUACAAAUAUUUCACAUGCCGUUCGCAUGGAAGCGCCUGAAGCUCUCUCUUUUCCCAAAGAUGCGUUUGCAUUCAUCUACACAUAUCCACUCACGAUUAAGACGCUAUCUUCAAGCAAGCUAAUCAGAGAGGACGCGAUCUGAAACAUUAUCCUUGUAUGUGCGUCUACGACAAAAGAUAUUUCAGGAGGUCCAUGAAGGCGUUCUUGUUCUCCGCGCCUAUGCUAGUCUCCUCCGUAUAUGCUUGAUUGAUGCAGGAGGUCGUUGCGAUAGAAGAGCUCAUCACACAAUUGUUACUAUUCAUGCGUAUGGAGAAUCACUCAAUAAAGUAUGCAACUGAUGUAUGACUUCA